GGUUGGAAGCCUGAUCGAUUCUCGCGAGUGUGUCAUUAUUCAAUUUUUUAUGAAAUAUUCGCAUAUCGUGUGAGUGUGUGUAACAUCGUCGUCGUUACUAUAACGCCACCAUCGGCCGUCACAACUUACGCGCGAGCGAAGUGACUAUAACUGAGUGUGUGGUUGUGCUUGUGCGCGAGUGGCAAUGACUCGGCAUCAGUGACGGGCGGUGGAGGUGACGGCGUGGGCGAAGUCGUCCUCGGCCGUCCGUAGUUAGGGCGCUAUCGCCGCCGCCUCCGCGAAAAAUCAGCACACGUAUAAUAAUAUAAGCGCUCACAUAAAAUCAUCGGCACGUGUACACCUACCUCCGACUGCACGAUCGUUCGUACGAUAGUAAUAUUUAGUAUAAUAAUAAUACAGUUGUGCGUGGGUGGCGGCGUCGGAGGCGAAACGAAAACCGUUCUCGCCGAGGCAUGGUAUUUAUGAUAUACACGAUCGAUGGAGAGUACGAAACUCGCCGACGACUGCAUCCGCAAGAAUCCAAACAGCUUUCGUUGUACGAGCACCUGCGCAAAACGGUGGCGAGGACAACGAGAGGCACGACCACUGUAGACAAAGUAUAUCACCGUGAUCAUGGCGUCGUCGCCUUUGCGGGCACCGGCGGCGGCUGGUCAACAGCAAUCGAGAUUGAUGGACAUGCAAAAAAAGUUCCAGCAGAGGCAUUUGGCCACCGUGGCGGCUGUCAAAGGCACCGUCGCUGGGUCCACGACGUCGUCAACUACCUCAUCGACCAAGACCACCGGAAGCGAUGAUCUUCCCGUGCCACCUGUCCGGCGGAUUGUCGGCGCCAUCGCCCCUGUGCAGCCGCAGCCACCGCAGCGCAGGCCAGUAGGAUCCGGAAGUGGCGGCGAUUCUAUCGUACAGGUCGACGUAAAGGGAAAGCAGCAGUUGCAGCGACCGGCGGCGCGAAUAAACAGCAAGACCGCGACGGUCGUGAAAAAACCACUGGCCACAGUCAACGGUAACAUUGGCGGCGGUGUCGGUGGCGGCGGUGGCGUGGGCCGCAUUGCUAAAAAGCCAAUGGUCGCGUCCAACGACUCCAACAGAUUGCUAUUGCCACCAGUCGUGCAGCCGACGGUGAUUAACGCGCUAGCGGCGGGUGCUGGUGCGGCCGCGGCAGUGGCCAGCGUGAACGCGUCCACGGUGGCCGGCAUCCAGAAACCGUUGGUUAGGGCGGCCAAGGUACCCCAAAAGCCUGCCGCCACGCGGCGCGUAUCACCACUUCCGGCCAAAACCACCCCCCGACCGCCACCGGUCGUUAAGCGGGCCACGCCGGCCAAGGGUUCAUCACCACGGCCACAAUCCCUGAAACCGCAAUUGUCUGCCGACAGAGGCCCACCAGCCAAGGGCAUGGCCCGCUGCCCGUUGUGCGCCAGAGACUUUGCGGCUGACAGGCUGCCCAAGCACGAGCAGGUGUGCCGGCGCACGCGUGACCGUGACCGCAAGCGCAAGGUGUUCGACACGAGCAAAAAACGGCUGGAAGCUGUGGCCGCUGAGGCCGGUGUGGACGUUACGUCGUUCAAGAAAAAGAGCCAAAAGGAGGACCAGCGGGUUGCUGAGAAGCUCCAGAAGAAAAAAGACGCGUGGCGCAGGAAACACGACCAGCUGUUGCGCAACGUGCGGGCAGCGAGGGCAGUGCAGCGGCACCUGGCAGCGGGAGGCACGGUUAAGGACUUGCCGCCAGAACUGGAUAACGUGGCGGAUCAGGAUGACGAGGUUGACUCGGACUUGGUCAAGUGCCCACACUGUGGUCGGACGUUCAACGAGGCGUCUGCGGAGAGGCAUAUGCCUUUGUGUGCGGACCGACAGCGGAACGCGGCCGCCCGAAUGCAGAACAACAAGAAACGGUGAAUCUUGCCGUUUCCACCAUCGUCGCCACCGCAACAACCACAAGUCUACUAAACAACGAUAUUAUUUACAAGAAAGGCAGUGAUGAGUUCACUACCUAUUGUCAGCUUGAUCAUUUCCGUCCAACUUGAAUCUACCUAUAGUCUAUAGACUCAAUGGUAUAUUGAGUAAAUAUAUUAUCGCGUUUCAUAUUUUAUGAUUAUAUAGUAUAUAAGAUAUCUAGAAAUCGAAUUAUUAAAUUAUACGACAGGUAUACAAGCAGUACCUAAACAACGUAUCAACUUUUUUCAGUCAGCUGUUCAAUGACUGUAAGUUAAAAUAAUAAUAUACCGAGUCUGAGUGUACCUCGAACUGUG